GGACGUGUAGCAUUAUUCUUAUCCAAAUCACCCUCUGUGCUCUCUCUUCCCCCAUCUUUGCCUCGCUCGUUUUGCGUUGAGUACGACAGCAAGCACAAGAGAUGGAAGACUCUGAUUCUGAGUGUUGCAAGAACCCACCGACACUGAGCUCAAGCGCUGGAUCAGGGUCAUUGGUGGAAAUUGGGGGCCUCAAUGCCUACGUUGCUGGCUCAUCCCACUCCAAGCUUGGAAUCAUUAUGGGUUCGGACAUUUUCGGUUAUGAAGCACCAAAGCUGAGGAAGAUGGCGGACAAGGUUGCAGCUGCUGGAUUCUUUGUGGUGGUUCCAGAUUUUUUUUAUGGAGAUCCCUGGGAUCCUGCUGAUAAAGAGAGAUCUUUCAAAAUCUGGAUGCAAACUCAUGGAACCGAUAAAGCAACUAUAGAUGCAAAAUCAGUUAUUGCAGCCCUGAAAAAUAAAGGCAUUUCUGCAAUUGGAGCUGCUGGAUUUUGCUGGGGUGGAAAGGUGGCUGUCAAUCUGGCAAAGACUGACUACAUUCAAGCUGCAGUAUUGUUGCACCCUUCACUUGUCACUGUGGAUGAUAUUAAGGAAGUACAAGUGCCUAUUGCUGUUUUGGGAGCAGAGUUUGACAGAGAGACUACACCACAGCUCCUCAAACAGUUUGCUGAAAUUUUAUCCUCCAAACCUGAGAUUAGCAGUUAUGUGAAGGUCUAUCCUGGUGUUGGACAUGGAUGGACAAUUAGGUACAAGGAUGAUGAUGAAAAGGCCAUCAAAGCUGCAGAAGAAGCAUAUCAUGACAUGUUGAACUGGUUUAUCAAGUAUGUCAAGCAAAGAAAAGCAUCCUGCCCCUGGUUCUUUAUAUGUUGUUAAUUAAAUUAACAACAGAUAUUUUCAUAAAUAGAGAUGAUCAACGAUCUCACUUAUUAGCCGGAUCAAAGCUUGGAGAGUCCUCCUUUCACCGUAUUGUGAUAUUAACCCAAUAGUUACUGCUGUAACUUUGUGUAUUGAUGUCAUGCUUGUUAACUAAAUUAACAGCAACAGAUAUGAUCAUAAAUAGAGAUGGUCAUUGAUCCCACAUAGCCGGAUCAAAGCUUGGAGAGUCUUUGUUUCACCGUAGUGUGAUAUUAACCCAUUAGUUACUGCUGUAACUUUGUGUAGUGAUGUCAUGCUUGUUGUUAACUAAAUUAACAGCAACAUGUAUGGUUGGUCAGUGAUUCCACAUAA